AUGCUGGCAUGGCAGGACGGCGGGGCCAAGGCGGCCCCCUCCCACCACAAGAUCUCCUUCUCUGUCCUGGACAUCCUGGAUCCGCAGAAAUUCACCCGCGCUACGCUCCCGGCCGUGCGCCCUGCUUCCCGGGAAGCCAAGAAAAGUUUGGCAGAGGCCGAAGCGGGGAAGGACGCCGGCCUAGGGGACUCAGCUCGGCAGCGGGAGACCCCUGACGCUGCGGAUCGCGGCGCGGGCACUGCGUCCCCCUUGGAGGGUUCGGAGGCCGAGGAGGCGGAGGAGGAGGAGGACGAAGCAGAGGACGCGGGCCAGCGGCGGCCGCAGGAGCGGGCAGCACGCUUGCAGGCGGACCCGGCGCGCUCUCCCGAGUCCCGGGCGGCGGCGUUGGCGGCGGGGGAGCGGGGCACCCGUGGGCUCGCGGGAUCCCCGGGAUCGCCCGGCUCCCCGAGGCCCCGGCGCCGGCGCUCCGAGCCCCGCUGUGCCAAACCGAGGCGCGCGCGCACCGCUUUCACCUAUGAGCAGCUGGUGGCUUUGGAGAACAAGUUCCGGGCCACGCGCUACCUGUCGGUGUGCGAGCGCCUGAACCUCGCGCUGUCGCUCAGCCUCACUGAGACGCAGGUCAAAAUCUGGUUCCAGAAUCGCAGGACCAAGUGGAAGAAGCAGAACCCCGGCGCCGACGGUGCGGCACAGGCGGGGAGCGGCGCGCCCCAACCCGGGGCUCCCGGGACGGCAGCUGGAGCGGGCGGCGGCGGCGGCGGCGCGGGGGGUAGCCCGGGACCCCCCGGCCCGGGCGCACUGCCCUUCCAGACUUUCCCCUCCUACGCGGCGGCCAACGUCCUCUUUCCUGCCGCCUCCUCCUUCCCUCCUACGGCCGCAGCCGCUGGGGGCCCCUUUGCGUCCUUCCUCGGGCCCUCCUACCUGACCCCUUUCUACGCUCCGCAUCUAUGA